AGAAUUGCCCGUCUUUCGCCGGCCCGCGCCGAGUCCUGACCCCAUUGCUUCGCGCGCACGCACACCCAUGAUCGCUCAUUCUUAGCAUUUCGAGUCGCCAAAGAAGCCAGGACGUUCGUUAUCAGACCGCCUGCUGCUGCUGCCGCCGCCGCCGCCAUUGAGCCCUUCGACAUUGAGAAUAGCUACCGCGCCUAGGUGGUUUGCGCCGGCCAUAGCAUGGCGACUCAAGUAUCAGUGCCGUGCCGCGGCUCGAAUGGGAGUGCGCUCGGAAGCGUCCACGAGAUCGGUUGGACGGAGACGAAUGGGGAGAAGCUGGCAGUAGGAGCACGCAAACAUGGGAAGCGGGCGAAGAAGAAAAUCGAUGAGGAAAGCUUAAUGGGAUAUCUGUGUACGCAGAUUUGCGAACACCAGAUUGGCAUCGCCGUGAACCUCCUCCUGCUCCUCUUCCUCACGCACAUUUUCUUCCCCCGCGCGCGACGGCGUACCCACAAGUUCUUCCACCUCUCUUACUUCAACCCCGAGACCGCCAAGUACGGCUGCGGCACCGAUGACCUACCGUUCGUCGCUUUGUGGAUCGUCGUAUUCACUGGCAUGAGGGUGGCCGUCAUGGACUAUAUCUUGGGGCCAAUGGCGAGAGUAGGCGGAAUCAAGACGAAGAAGGGCUUAGUGAGGUUCAAGGAGCAGGCGUGGCUGAUUUGCUACUGCAGCUGCUCCUGGUCGCUUGGUAUGUACAUUAUGUAUCACUCUGAGUUCUGGUUCAAUCUGCACGGCAUGUGGAGGGGCUGGCCUUUCCGCGAGAUUACGGGUCUCUCCAAGUUCUACUACCUCGUCCAAUGGGCCUUCUGGCUCCAGCAGAUCGUCGUGGUCAACAUUGAGGAAAAGCGGAAGGACUAUGCGCAGAUGUUCACACACCACAUCUUUACCUCCGCGCUUCUUUUCCUCUCGUACGGAUACUAUCACACGCGCGUCGGAAUUGUGAUUCUGUGUAUCAUGGACCUCGUCGAUAUCAUACUUCCGAGUGCCAAAUUGCUCAAAUACAUGGGCUUCUCCAGCGUCUGCGACAUCAUGUUCGGCGUCUUCGUCUUCACCUGGCUCGUAACCCGCCACACUUUCUAUCCCAUGGUCUGCUGGUCCAUAUACAAAGACGCGCCCGUCGACAUGGCGCCCGGCUGCUACUUCGCCGACGGCACCAUGAUUCCUGCAUCCAAUACCACGCCCUACGAUGCUCUCGGAGGCAACCUCAUCUGGCCGAAUCUCCUCAAAGCGUACACGGACCGCACUGGCCCUAUCUGCUGGAACCCGACGAUCCGGUAUAGCUUCCUAGCAUUGCUUCUCGUGCUGCAAGCCAUCAUUCUCCUCUGGUUCACCAUGAUCCUGAAGAUUGUUUAUAAGGUACUCUCAGGUCAGAACGCCGACGAUGUGCGCUCGGAUGACGAAGGUGAAGAUGAGGAGCUCGAGGAUCAGGCGGAGCUUGAGCGGGUCUCGCAUCCCAUCAAUGCUGCCAAGGGCGGGGCCGAGUGGGCACCUGUGGAGCAGGAAGUCGGCGUCGAGGCAUUAACUUUCACGUCUAGGAGGAGCCCGAGUGUUAAUGGCGGUGUGGGCGUUAGGAGAAAUAGCAGGAGGCCGGCGAGGAGUAGCUCGGGCCGCGCCAGCGGCAUUAGCAUCCCAGGGCAUGGCGACCAUAAGGAGUUGCUGGGCAGGAUUGGAUGCGAUAAGCCGACGUAAACGCCCUAUUUACGCUGGCGGCGGAUAGGUGUUGUCGAAAAGUUGUGUUUCUUUGUUGCAGCCUGGCGGGCGUUUUUAUUUUCCUGUUUCCUCCCACUGUUUUGGCGGCUGCCCGGGUUAUGGCCCGCUUGCUUGCUUGCCGCCACUCCGCAGGCUGGUUGAGGCGGGGCUUUUUCCUCACCGUGGAUUCUUAAUACCGAUCGAUACAUACCCUAGAGGAUAGAGUAUAAUCCUACGUUUCUUUCCUGGCGUGUGUCUGUGUCCGGUUCCAAAGCCAAUGUGAAGGGCCUUAGAUGGAAAACUUGACUGCG